AUGGUGUUGGGAGGGCAGGCGCUGGAUGUGGUUGGUGGGACUGGCUAUAAAAGGGAGAGCUCGAGGUUUGAGUGCAACAUCGAGACCUCAGGGCAAACACCAACCAUUGCCGCCACUUUCGCAUCACAGAGGCUGCACUACUCCAAGAUGGGCAGGAUGGAAUUCUGUCUUACAUACUCUCCCGUCCCGCAGAUCGUCUUCUACGAGGACAAGAACUUCCAGGGUCACCGGUACGAGUGUGACAGCGACUGCUCCGACUUCCACACCUACUUGAGUCGCUGCAACUCCAUCCGCGUGGAGAGCGGCGCUUGGGUGGUGUACGAGCGGCCCAACUACCUGGGUUACCAAUACGUCCUGACCCGAGGCGAGUACCCCGAGUACCAGCGCUGGAUGGGCCUCAACGACCGCCUCAGCUCCUGCAAGAUGAUCCACUUUCACCACGGGGGUGGCUACAAGAUGCAGCUGUACGAGAAGGCCGACUUUGGGGGCAAGGCUUUUGAGGCCACAGAGGACUGCCCCUCGCUUCUGGAGAAGUUCCGCUGGAGGGAGGUGAACUCGUGCAAGGUCUUUGACGGCUGGUGGGUGUUCUACGAGCACCCCAACUACCGCGGCCGCCAGUACUUCCUGGAGAAGGGCGAGUACCGCAAGCCCGGCGACUGGGGCGCGGCCAGUGCUGCAAUCCAAUCCUACAGGCGCCUCACUGAAUGAGUUGCCACUCACCCCUCUGUGCCCGAGGCAAUCAUGCUACAUUCUAAUCCCUGACAGGAAAUGAGAAAAUUGUGAACUGGGGUCAACAAAAUA